ACUUUUAUUUUACGAAACAACGACAAGUACUUUUUACACCCUCGCUAAACAAAAGAUUUCCAGUGUUAUGACAGCGUGAGGUGUUUUUUUGUUUUGUCAGCAAAACAUGCUUUUACAGUCAAACGGCGUCAUCAUCAUGGAGGAUCGAAGUUGUACGUUAAAUCGUUAAAAAGUAGAAACUUUAAACCAUGUUGAAGUUUCUGGCCAACAGGCAGUCUGGUUCGAACGAUCCGUUGGUCAUGAGGAGAGCCGAAUCAACUCGACGGUCGUACGCUCUCGAUUUGAGCAAACGGCGUGAUUUUGAGGUUGUACAUCUUGGGGGCAUAAACUCUUUGGACAUCGACCCCGUGGAAGCAAGAUAUUUGUUAUCUGGAAGUUCUGAUGGGUCUGUUGCUGUUCACGAUCUUGAAAAUUUCACUGGUGAAGUUAAAUACACUUCCAAAUCAGUGUGCUUUGCUGGGAGGGGCAGUCGUCAUCGCCACAAGCACACAGUGGAAACUGUCAUCUGGUACCCCUUGGAUACUGGAAUGUUCAUCUCUAGUGGAACAGACAAACUCCUCAAAGUUUGGGACACUAAUACUCUAGUGCCAGCAGAUGAGUUUGAGUUCAGUGGCAUUGUCUACUGCCAUGCAAUGUCCUCAGUAGCCACGAAGCACUGUCUGAUCUCAGUGGCAUGCCAGAGUUCCACCCUGAAGUUGGUCGAUCUCAAGUCUGGGUCUGCCACACACACUCUGAAGGGUCAUAAAACUGCAGUCCUCUCUACAAAGUGGUCAACAAGGGAUGAAUUUGUACUUGCAUCAGGAGGCGAGGACAACCAGGUGUUGUUAUGGGAUAUACGGAGUGCCAAAGGAGCUCUUAAAUCACUGGACCAAUACAAUGGCAAAAAUGCCAACAACCAUUUCACAGCUAACACUGCACACAGUGGUCAUGUCAAUGGUAUGACCUUCACAUCAGACGGCCUUCAUUUGGUGACCUUUGGAACAGACGACCGUAUACGACUCUGGAAUGUGGCCUCUGGGAAGAACACCAUGGUCAACUAUGGAAAGGUGAAUAAUGAGUGGAAGAAGAACAUAGACAUUGGGAUCACACAAGGCUGUAGUCCUGACAUACUCUUUGUACCUAAUGGUACCAAUAUAGAAAUGCUCGACUUAUUCAAAGGCAGCCAGAUUGACUUUUUACGUGGUCACUACAUGCGUGUUAACUGUUGUAUAACUCAUCCACACUAUCAGGAGUUGUACUCGGGUGGUAGUGACAGGAAUAUUUUGGUGUGGACACCAGAUACCGACUCGGCUUAUGAAGACUAUCUCAAGGAAAAGCAUGAGGCAGAUAAAGAGCAGGUGUCGCGGAUAGCUGGUGUUGUGGCUCGCAGUAUAUCAGCCACAGCUGAUGCCUGGAGUAGCGAUGAGGACAGCUGAUAGGGGACAGAUGUUGUUCCUAACUUGUGAUACUAUUUUAUAAACUUGCUUCAUUCCAUUUUUAGCUCACCUGCCCGAAGGACUUGGGUGACUAACGAGUAAAAACAACAUGCAGACCAAUUUUCCGGAUUUUUUUAAAGACGGUGGCUGGUGCAUUCACAAUUUUUAGCUCACCUGGCCCGAAGGGCCAAGU